AUGUCCCCCUUGUUGCCCAUGGCUGAGGGGACGCACGCAGCGGACUCCCGUCCUCAAAGGACGACGGGCAUCGAAAAGAGGGACGAUGUGGGGUCCCGGGACUACCAAAUGAGGUGGAGAAAGACUGGGCGCCUGGAGUGGGUGAAAGCCAAAAGCUCCGGUCUUGUUGCUCACCCCUUUCCGGUUGAUGGGUCCUCGAAGGUCACACAGAGGACUCCAGAGACUUUUGGAUCAUUUGACAUCGGGUGCUGCAGCCUGUCAGGGCCAAGGAGGCCUCCAGCUCUGCCUGUGACCUGCCCCGAGAGCAGCCCUCAGAUUGUGGAUACAGGGAAUAGGAGCACAGUGAUAGAGUUUAUCCUCAUGGGCUUCGAGCAGAGCUCCCCUUCCACACGGGCAUUGCUCUUUGUCCUCUUCCUAGCCCUUGCCAUGCCCAUGAAUGGCCUCAUCAUCUUCAUCACCUGGACAGAUCCCAGGCUCAACAGCCCCACGCAGUUCUUUGGCCACCUAUCCUUCCUGAAUAUCUACUACGUUCCUACCACCAUUCCACCUGGUGGAAUGCUGAUGCGGAUCCACCUGGUGGUCAAGACCUGUGUUGUCUCCUUUGCCUCGUGCUUGACCCACAUGUAUCUGGUUUUUGGUGUGGGUGUGGCUGAGUGCAUCCUCUUGGCUUUCAUGGUCUAUGACCAUUAUGUUGCUAUCUGCCACCCACUUAGCUGUGCCCAGAUCAUGAGCCAGCAGGUCCAUGUGAUGCUGGUGAGUACUGCCUGGUUCUUUGGGCUGAUCAAUGGCAUCUUUCUUGAGUAUAUGUUAUUCCAGAAUCCCUUCCGCAGAGACAACCACAUAGAAAACUUCCUCUGCGAGGCGCCCGUAGUGAUUGCUCUCUAUGGAGACCCCCAGUUUAGUCUGAGAGUCAUCUUGGCCGAUGCCAUUGUGGUGCUGCUCAGCCCCAUGGUGCUCACUGUCAUCUCUUAUGCCCGCAUCCUGGCCUCCAUUCUGGGCAGAGCCUCCUCCUCUGGUCUGGGGAAGACCUUCUCUACUUGUGCCUCCCAUCUGACUGUGGUCAUCUUUUUCUACACCUCAGCCAUGUUCUCUUACAAACCACACAGCACACAUGGUCCUGACAAAGACAAGCCUUUCUCUCUCCUCUACGCCAUUAUCACCCCCAUGUGCAACCCCAUCAUCUACAGUUUUUGAAAUAAAGAAAUGAAAGGGGCCAUGGUGAGGGCCUUUGGGAGGAGCAGCUUUUCCCAGGCAGAGUCUGUCUAG